AUGGUAGCUAACCUCCACGGUCUCCCAGCACUUGCCCUCCCCGCAGCGGCCGCAGGCCUCGCCUACCUCAACGGACGCUACUCCCUCUCCUACGAUUACGGCCUUCUCUCCUCUUUGAUUUCUGGGCAACUCAGAGCUCGUCUGGCCGAACACAACGAUACCCUCAACCUGUUCUAUAUUCUCGAAGCGCAAGCCAAAUCGUCGAAUCGCCAUCGCCCGUUCAUUAUCUCAGGAGAGUCUGGUGACAAGUGGAGCUAUGCUGAAGCCUAUGAGAUCGUUCUCAAAUACGGAACAUGGCUGAAGAGCAAAGGCGUGCAGAAGGAGGAGGUCGUUGCCAUGGACUUUGUGAACAGCGAGGUGUUUGUAUGGGUGUGGUUCGGCUUGUGGAGUAUUGGUGCGAAACCAGCCUUUAUCAACUACAACCUCACAGGCACUCCGUUAUUUCAUACUGUGAGGACAAGUACCGCGCGACUUGUUCUUGUGGAUGAGAAUGGACACAACAAGUUUCAAGAGAGCAUAAUGGCGGCACAUGGUUUCGCGCCGGUGCCUGCUACUGCUGGACAACAGGACAACCAAGCGAUAUACGGAUUUGAGAACGACCCGAGCCAGAUACCACGGAAAGUCCAGCAGCAGGCUAGCAAGACUGCCCAACCGAAUGACUCUGAGGACAACACGUCCGACCUACAGCGCCAGAGACUCGAAGUCGUCUUCUUCGACAAACGUCUAGAAGAUCAUAUCCUCUCCUUUCAGCCGAUCCGUGUCCCAGACUCCGAACGAGGGAACCAACAAUUAAACAGCAUGGCCAUGUUGAUCUACACGUCAGGAACGACAGGUCUCCCCAAAGCCGCCAUCAUGUCCUGGACCAAGGCCUUCGUUGGCGCCAAGUUCAUUCAGAGCUGGAUGGGAAUCAGAUCUACAGACGUACUCUACACAUCAAUGCCUCUCUAUCACAGCUCUGCUUCGGUGCUCGGCGUUGGGCCGAUGCUGCGCGGCGGAGGCGCCAUCUGCGUAUCCAAGCGCUUCUCUCAUAAAACCUUCUGGCCUGAGGUUAGAGCCUCAAAGGCUACGAUCAUCCAAUACGUCGGCGAAACAUGCCGCUACCUCUACUCUGCACCUCCUUCACCUCUUGACAAACAACACCAUGUACGCGCAGCAUUCGGAAAUGGAUUGCGACCAGAUGUGUGGGAUGCUUUCAAAGAGCGCUUCGGCAUCGAGACCGUCUAUGAGUUCUACAGUGCGACCGAGGCCCCAAGUGGCUUAUUCAACAAAUCGACAAACAGUUUUAGCGCCGGGGCUUUCGCACGUAACGGCACGUUGGCAGACCUCCUCAUGGGCUCCUCCCUCCCAGUGGUCCGCAUGAACCCCGACUCAUCGCCCCCAGAACCGCUGCGCGACCCCAAAACCGGUCUAUGCCAGGUCUGCGACUGGAACGAGGCAGGCGAGCUCCUCUUCAAGCUCGAUGCUGCGAAUGUAUCGCAGAAGUUUCAGGGCUAUUGGGGCAACUCGAAAGCGACGACUUCCAAAAUCUUGCGCGAUGUGCGCAUUAAGGGCGACGCGUAUUUCCGCUCCGGCGACCUCAUCAGACGGGACAGGGAGGGGCGAUGGUACUUCAUCGACCGCAUUGGCGACACCUUCCGGUGGAAAGCCGAGAACGUCUCAACAGCCGAAGUUGCAGACGUACUGGGCAAACAUCCCGAUAUCGAAGAAGCAAACGUGUAUGGUGUGCAAGUCCCGCACCACGACGGGCGCGCGGGCUGCGCUGCUGUCAUCCUCAAAUCAGGCACUACCUCACCUUCCGCUACGACGCUAAAGUCGAUCGCAGACCACGUCCGCGAGAAUCUGCCGGCAUUUGCAGUACCGCUAUGGCUUAGGGUCACAAAGCAGAUGCAUACCACGGGCACGAACAAGCAGCAGAAACACCUCUUCCAAAAGGAUGGGAUCAAUGCGAGGGCGGUGGAGAAGAGGGGCGAUGUGUUGUUUUGGCUGAAUCCUAAGACGAAGACGUAUGAAAGUUUUUCAGGAAAGCAGUUGAAGAGGAUUCAGAGUAGAGAGGUGAGGCUUUGA